AUGUUCUCGUUCGUCGCGAGACGUGCGCUUGACGCUACCGCAGCCGCGGCUUCGGCGGAAGCUGCUACAGGCGCUUCCGGAUCCAACUCCGCGGGCGGCGGCGGCGGGCUCGGUACCGGCGCCAAGGCUGGCAUCGGCAUCGGCGUGGCGGCGGGGAUCAUGGCGCUCGCGGCGGCGGGGUACUUCCAGCGACGGGCGAGGCUGAGGAGGAGAGCCGCGAGUUCAGUUGGUCUAGGGGACGAGAAGCAUGUCGGCGGACAGGAGGGCGGACAGGAUGGCACUGGUACGGAGGGCACGGGAAAGGGGCCAGUGAUAUGCGAGGGCGGGACGUGUAACAAGCUGCGGAUGGUGGGCGCUUGA